AUGGCCCCGUCAACGCACCUCAACGGCCAUGCUGACUCUCAGCCGCCGACGGUCGCCGCUUUCUCGCCCACCACCAUCUCCGGCUCAUCAUUGACAUCAAGGCAACGCUCUAGCAUCAUUGUGCAUCGCAAGUCUCCGCUCCUUGUGGCCACUCCGCCACCGGUCACUCGAGCGCUAGCCUAUUCGUACCCAUUCAUUUUACCGCUGAAUACGCUCGUCGGCUUGUUGACAUGGACGACGGGCGACUCGUACUACAGCUUCCUCCUCGUUGCCACGUUCUGGGCGGUCGUUCUUUAUGGCGAUGCAAUUAUUCUUUGGGCCGGGCCGCUUCUGGUGGUUGUCGGGCUGAUUCUCGGGAUGUAUUGGAGACGCUACUCUCCUUUGUCGACUAGGGCUUUCUCAACGGGGAAGCAUAACCAGUCGGCGGCGUCAGAUGGCUCUGCACAUCGGCAUGAUAGUCUAGACGAAAUUGUCGAGGCGAUGAGGACGUUCACUACUCGAUGCAAUAUCCUCCUUGAACCACUUGUGGAACUCACGGACUUCUUGUCGACUCAGAGGACAGCUACCUCUGCGACUACGCGGCCCGCGCUCACUACUUUAUUUGUCAGGAUCCUUUUUGUUACACCAAUAUGGAUUGCCUUAACACUGCCUCCGCUUUACCUCAUCACUACCCGCCGUGUCGUUAUGAUCCUAGGCACGAUUAUGCUUACUUACCAUUCGCGAACAGCGAGAGUCUGCCGCGUCAUUCUCUGGAGGUCUCUUACAAUCCGCCGAAUAUGCGCCAUGAUCACAGGUCUGUCGUUUGAUUUGGACGGAGUCAAAACUCACAUCCAAAGUCACGGACACGCCGCAAACGUUGCCACUAGGCGCCGCGGAGACUCGUCGGGCGUUCGUUUUACUUUUAUUCUCUAUGAAAAUCAACGUCGCUGGCUAGGUAUUGGCUGGACGUACUCCUUGUUUCCGUCUGAGCGCGCUGCAUGGACGGAUGAGCAUUUGAACCCAGUUCCUUCAAAGAGCGAAUUUGACCUCCCCGAGGUGCAAAGCGGGAACGCAAAGUGGCGAUGGGUUGAGGGCAGUGAAUGGCAUAUUGACGGAGCUGAUGAUGAUGAAUCUGACUCCAAGGCUUCUGAUGGCGGCGGUUGGAUCUACUAUGAUAAUAAGGUGGGUUCUAAACUAUCCUUCGUAUGUUUCAGACUUCUGACUGCGCAGUGGAAUGACGGGCGUCGCGGUCUAGACGGAUGGGACCGCUAUACUCGCCGCAGAAAGUGGUACCGGGACGCUGAGCUCGUGGAAAUCACACCAGACGGCAAGCCCCUAGAAGCACCGUCCGCCUUGACCCAGGCCCUGGCGCAAGAAAUCGAGAAGAGCAAGACCGGCAGCAGCAACUCCGACGUCGAUGCCUCCACAGUCGAUGCUGAUUCCGUGAGUCUCGCCCCGUCCACAGCCUCCAGCAAGGCCCGGCGACGGCGUUGGUUUGGAGGAUCCUCCAACUCGAAAAGUGUAAGCGACAGCAAAAACAGCAGCACCGCCUCUGUUCCACUAUCAGCCCAGCCAAACUCCGCCGCAGACCAUGGAAACGCGAAAAUAACCUCUUCUUCUGCCACUAGUACUAGCUUCAGCAACAGCAACAACACCUCGUUGAGGAAUGCUUCGAGACCCGUGAGCAUCUCCAAAUCACAAAGAAUGUCUGGUCUCUCUGGGAGCAAUUCGGGCUAUGGCACUGGGAGUCCCCAUGGGAGUAGCACGGUUGCUAGCGACAGCCUCAGUAUCCGGGACAAGGAGCUUUCAGAUGCGCAGGAUCGGUUAGACAGGUGGGGGUCUCGGGCUACGGGAGGGACGGAGAGGGCGGAGAGGGAGCUAGGGCUGGGGGAUGAAGUGAAUAUGGGAUUGAGCUGA